CACCUUUUUAUCCAAUACAUAUCUUCGGCAGAACUUAGACGGACUUGUUUGUUUUGUUUUUGUACUUCAACAUCAUAAUGGCUGGGGUAGACACUCUGGAGCAGCUGCACUCUAAAGAGCAAGAAUCACUCCUCGAUGCCAUCGAUCAACUUCGUUCUUAUGGAGUCAGCCAUCAUGAUAUUAGCCUGCCCCAGGUAAUUGUCUGUGGAGAUCAAUCCACAGGAAAGAGCUCGGUUUUGGAAGGUCUCACGCGUCUCCGAUUCCCUACGAAAGAUGCGCAGUGUACAGCUUUCGCUACUGAACUUAUCCUCCGGAGAACCUCGGGCCCAACUAUCGCAAUCCUUUGCAGCAUCAUCCCCUCUAAUAACAGGACACAAGCCCAGAAGCAGCAGCUUGAGAAAUUCCAACGGUCGUUCUCGUCACGCGAGGAGUUUUCAUUUCCCUCCCUCCUAGAGGAAGCAAAAGCAUGCAUGAAGAUUGAAGCCACAGCUGGAGCGGACAGAUUUUCGGAAGACAUAUUGCGUAUUCGAUAUACCGGCCCAGAUCUUCCAUCUUUAACCAUUGUCGAUUUACCAGGAUUAAUCCAUUUUCAGGUCCAGCGACAAAGCGACGAGGAUGCCAUACUAGUUCAGACCUUAGUCCGAAAAUACAUGCGCAACGAGAAGUCCAUUAUCCUAGCCGUGGUUUCUGCUCGCAACGACGCCGAUAACCAAGUCGUCCUGAAGUAUGUUCGUAAUGAGUUUGAUCCUCUUGGAACCCGCACUUUAGGCAUCAUCACCAAACCAGACACCUUAGACUCUGGAUCAGAGACUGAGCAGAAAUUUAUCGAAAUGGCUCAGAACAAGGUGGUCAAGUUUGAGUUGGGCUGGCAUGUUGUCAAGAACAGAAGCUUCACUGAGCGUGAACAGCCUGAUGCUGAGCGCGACGAAUCAGAAAGGCGAUUCUUCGCCACGGGAGUCUGGAGGUCUGUUUCUCGAUCGGACGUUGGCAUCGAUGCCCUGAGGACAAAAUUAUCGAAAAUCCUUCUUCACCAAAUCCGGGUAGAACUUCCUUCUCUCGUCGCGGCUAUUGAAAACGCUAUUAAGGCCACCGAGACCAGAUUACAGAAUUUGGGCAGCUCUCGGGAGACUUCAGAUCAGCAGCGUACUUACUUAACAAAGAAGGCCGAAAUUUUCCAGACCUUGACAGAACAUGCGCUCCGAGGAGUUCCUAGUCAUCCAUUCUUUGAUGGUCAGGAGGCAAAGAAGUUGCGUACAGAGAUUCAGAACCUCAACAUUGCCUUCGCGCAUAUCAUGUACCAGAAGGGACACCGUUGGACUGUCGCGGAUGACCAGCAAACACAAAACCCUUCCAGCCCUUUCGCGUCAAGCAAAGUUGAGGAAUAUGAUGCGGAAGUGGACGAUCCGGAGACAAUCCCCAGGGCAGAGUUUCUGGAGAGUUACAUUGGGCUUGCAGUUCAGCAAAAUCGGCAACCAGGUCUUCUGUCACUCGUCAACCCAUUUGUCGUGUGCGUGAUCUUCCGUCAGCAGUCCCAUCGGUGGCGAGAUAUAGCCAAGCUCCACAUUAAUCGGGUAGUCCAGGCAGUAAGAGAAUAUGUUGAGCUCAGCUUGAUGUAUCAGAUGGACUCACGAACAUACAACAUGCUAUUCUUAGAGCACAUAGGGCCUGAGUUAGAGAAGAAGAGAGCGGCGCUUGAGAAGAAACUAGACGAGCUACUAUUACCAUACGAGGCAAGGGACCCCACGAUGUACGAUCCGAGCUUUGGGGCCGAACUCGACUAUAUUCGCGCUCGCAGAUCCUACGAAUCAAAGACAGGCGCCGCUGAGGGAGGCCAUAGUAGAGCGAAGCAGCAGUUGCUGAUGCAGUCUAUCGACGACUUUACUAAUUCUGAGAUUUUAGACCUCAUGCAAACGUAUUAUAAGAGAGCUAUAACAGUUUUCAUCAACAACGUCGCAAUGCUAGCUAUUGAAAAUUGUCUCGUUGCUGACCUCGCGUCCAUCUUUAUUCCGUCUGUAGUAUCCGCCAUGAACGAAGAGCAACUCCGUACCAUUGGCUCAGAGUCCGAAGAGAUUUGUACAGAGCGCAAUGCACUGAAAGAGACGCUGGAUGCUCUGCAGUCUGGAAAACGGGUGCUAGAUCUUCAAGUUUGCAAUGCCGGAAUUGUCUUAAGGCAUGGGUUAGGGCCAAGAAAAUGUUUGGUAGGCGCAGGAUACCCAGUCAGGAUACAAGUCUCGAGGCCGCAGACCCCAGCGUCCCAAAUGGGAUAUAGUGGAGAAGACGAUGAUCCAAUCGAGCGAAUGUCCUCUAGUUUCAACAGCCUCAAGGUGUCCCCACCCAGCGGCGCUUCUAAACCCCGGCCUUCUUCGGCGUCGAAGACUCGAAGUCGAACUUCGUCAGUAACGCCGGCAAAGAAUGCUACAACUCAGCCAACCGUGAAUGAAGGUUUCAGUCGCUCUGAAGUGGAUCCUGCUCAGGAAUCGGAUACGGAAGAUGAUGUGUCGACAUUUUGGCCGUUGGGAAAACGGCUUCCGCCUCAGGCCGAAGCUACGAGAGCUUAAUACUUCUCUAUUAAAGAGCCAGCAACAGCUUGAUGAUCGACAGCGAACAGGGCAACUCCUACAGGUUUAAGGCCACAACCUGUCAAUAAUUUUAUCAUCGCACAAGUGAAGCCACCUUUCAGCAAAACCUUUUCAUUAAAAAAAUAUAU